UCAUGCCGUGACAAAAAGCACAUUUUGCAAAGAUGGCGGCCCAGUAUGCACAGCAUCCCUUUGAUACUUUACGAAAACUGUCACUGGAAACAGGACUUUUAAUUGAAACUAGACAAUUUGCGGAAUACUUAGAUAAUAUUGAUGAAUUAAAGAACUAUCGCCGUGACUUUCACUAUCCGAAGAACAAAACAAUAUCUGAUGUUGAUCUUAGUUUGGUUGCUGGAGAAGAUGACUGUAUAUACUUGGCUGGGAUGUCUCUUGGCUUAGCCCCAAAGCAGGCUAAAAAUCUACUUGAUGAAGAAGUACACAAGUGGCAGCUGUGUGGGGUUCAAGGACACUAUACUGGGAAACGACCGUAUCAACAUAUUGCAGAAUUCGUCAUUGACCAGAGUGCUAAAUUGAUAGGAGCAAAACCAAUUGAAGUUGUGAUCAUGAACACACUGUCGGUAAAUCUACAUUUUAUGAUGGCAGCGUUUUAUGAUCCAACUGAAAGCCGUCAUAAAAUUCUUAUCGAAAGUAAUGCUUUUCCUUCAGAUCAUGCAGCCGUCGAAUCACAGAUUAAAUUCCAUGGAUUUGAUCCAAAGAACUCCUUAAUUUUAGCAAAACCAAGAGAGGGUGAAGUUCUGCUAAGAAACGAAGAUAUAAUUUCUCUGAUCGAAGAAGAAGGUGAUGAAAUAGCACUUAUAUUGUUUUCAGGUGUUCAAUUUUACACAGGACAGUAUUUUGAUCUUCAAAGUAUCACAAAAGCUGGUCAUAACAAAGGUUGCAAAGUUGGAUUCGAUCUAGCACAUGCUGUCGGAAAUGUGGAACUAAAAAUGCAUGAGUGGGAUGUAGAUUUUGCAUGUUGGUGUACAUAUAAGUAUUUAAAUUCAGGACCUGGUUCGACUGCUGGUGCUUUUGUUCAUGAAAAAUAUGCUUACGAUAAAAAUAUUAAAAAAUUAACUGGUUGGUGGGGUGUUGAAUUUAAAGACAGAUUUCAUAUGGAUAAUGAAAAAUUACCCAUCAUUCCUGGUGCCAGGGGAUAUGCUGUCUCGAAUCCUGCUCUCUUUUCAACUAUUCCAGUUCUUGCAAGUUUAGAUAUAUUUGAGAAAGUAGGGAUGUCAAAGAUUAUUAAAAAGCAACGAUUAUUAACAGGAUAUCUAGAAUACCUCAUCAAAUGCACUCUGACGUCACAACUACCAAGUCACAUGACUCAUUUUGGCGCCAAAGUUGAUAUAAUCACACCAAGUGAUGUUCGCUGUCGUGGUAGCCAAUUGUCUUUGCAUUUCUCAAUGUCAAUUGAUAUCGUUCAUAAAGAGUUAACAAGAAGAGGGGUCGUGUGUGACAAACGACAACCAAAUGUGAUUCGUGUUUCUCCAGCACCGCUCUACAACAAUUUUACAGACGUGUUUAAAUUUGUGGAGACUUUGAGUCAAGUAUUACUUGCUUUAAAACAUUAAAUUUUCAUAUUUUAUUUUGUACUACAUUGAAAAUAAUGAUAUAAUAUUUUAUUGAGUGAUA